AUGACUGGACGCAAAGAGAAUAAAGCACCAGCAGCCACGACAAGUCCAACAAAAACCGGCACAACUACUGGCCGAGUUAUAAAAAAAGAAAAAAUCAAAAAUGUUAUGCGUGAUUUACGUAUCCGUAAAUUAUGUUUGAAUAUUUGCGUCGGUGAAUCUGGCGAUCGUUUGACCCGUGCAUCAAAAGUGCUUGAACAAUUGACCGGUCAAACACCCGUUUUUUCAAAAGCCCGUUAUACUGUACGAUCAUUCGGUAUUCGUCGUAAUGAAAAAAUCGGUGUUUUCUGUACUGUACGCGGUGAAAAAGCUAAAGAAAUCUUAGAAAAAGGUCUUAAAGUUAAAGAAUACGAAUUACACAAAUGCAAUUUCAGUGAAAUGGGCAACUUUGGUUUCGGUAUUCAAGAACACAUUGAUUUAGGUAUUAAAUACGAUCCAUCCAUUGGUAUCUAUGGUAUGGAUUUUUACGUUGUACUUGGUCGAGCUGGUUAUGAUAUUGGUAAACGAAAACAUAAAAAAUCCCGUAUUGGUGCUUCACAUAGAAUAACCAAAGAUGAAGCUAUCAAAUGGUUUCAACAAACGUACGAUGGUGUUAUCAUGCCUGGCGGUAAAACCAAGAAAUCAGGUGGUGGUGCUCAUCACAAACGUGGCAAGAAGAAAUAA